AUGAAGCGCGGACCGCGGGGCUUUGGUUCGUCGACUGGCGGGGGUGGCUUUGGCUUCGGGGGCCCUGUGUCUUGGACAUCUCUGUCAUAUCUUGCGGAACCUCCAUCCUUUGCCGCCGUGUCGGACCCCAAUGUCAUCGUGUCGCUGAAGAAUGUCCUCAAGAAGGAUAGCAUUACGAAAGCCAAAGGCCUAGAAGAUCUUGUCCAACAUGCGCAAUCGCAUCCGUUUGAGCAGGAUGGUGGGGUUGAAGAAGCCCUGCUAGACAUAUGGAGACAAAUAUAUGCUCGCACUUCUGUAGACAACUCCAGGCGCGUACGGGAGCUGUCCCAUAUCCUGCAGUCAGAACUUUUACGUUCGGCCCGCAAGCGCAUGGAACGCCAUGUGCCGAAGAUUGUUGGCCCAUGGCUUGCAGGACUCUAUGACCGCGAUCGAGUUGUGGCAAGGGCUGCUAGCGACGGACUUGCAUCAUUUCUUACCACACCCGAGAAAAUGAAGGCGUUCUGGGUUAAAUGCCAGUCGCAGAUUUUAGAAUUCGCUAUCGAAGCUAUUCGGGAAACCCAAGAUACCCUCAGCGACGAGCGGUCCACGACUGUCGAGGAUGCCGAGGCCAAAUACUUUAGGGUUGUGACGUCAAGUUUGUCCUUGGUCUUGGGCUUGCUUCAAAAGGUUGACGAUACAGGCGUGCAAAAGUUUGCAGAAAAAUACGACGAGUACUUCAGCGAAGAAGCCGUUUGGAAGAGCAUUACUUUCAAAGACUCGGCAGUUAGAAGGACUGUCUGUCAGUUGCUGUUUGCGUGCCUGGAUCGUCAGCUUCCGUACGGCGCGACUACCAAGGCGAAACAGGCUUUUGUCACCGGAGGGCUAAAAACUAGCCAAGCAGGGUCAGCGCUCGAAUAUGUCAGGGCUUUGACAAAACUGACGCAGAAAUAUCCCGCUUUUUGGGUGUCAGGCCCGGUGGACAAGAAGUCACCCAUUACACGCCUGCAAUCCUUCAUUUCUAAAGGUUCACAAGGUAGCCCGCCAAAUUUCUGGGAAGUUCUUGACCAACUUAUUGCCAUUAUUCCAGUGGAUGCCCUUGGACUCGAGACUGCAUCCAAAUUGUUGGCGUCGGUAAAGGCAGGAAUCACAAACCGAGAGGAGCCUCGAACAAACACGUCGUACUCAUGGAAGUGUUUCGCCGACAUUGCCAAGCGAUCAAUUGAACAACUGCCUGACGAGGAUAAACUGUCAUUUGCGCAAGAGCACCUGUUCCCCCUUUUCGAACAAUUCCUAUUGUCGACUUCGGAAACCAACACAAUACCAACUGGGCCAAAUGCCAUGUCCAUAUUUGUCGAACUUCACCUGGCAGUGAUUCAGUCAUCGCCUAAUCUCAUUGAUGCCUCAGCUCAAGAAUGGGAACGGCUAGGGACCAUCUUAUGCACCAACAUCUCAGGUUCCCUACCAGAAGUGUCCAAAGACUACAAGACUUCCCAAAUAAAAAUCGGAGAACAGGGGCGGCGGUGGUUCGGUCUUGUUGGUGAGAUAUUUGCCAAAUUGAAAGACUCUAGGCCAACUCUGCCUGACCAGACUACUGGUCCUUCCAACCGAGUGAUUACGCAGUGCACUACGUUGCUAGAGAGCCGCAAUAUGAAACCCUUCGGUGCAGCACAAAUCAUAGAGUACGCGCUGAGCACAUCACAGCAUUUGUUUUCCGGUGACAGUGGGCGGAACUUGGCCUCCUUUUUCCUUGCAGUGGCAGAGGAUGGAUUGGGCAUGUUAGUCGAAACCGCCUCAGCAAGAUAUUUGUUGUCUGCCCUUGGUAUAUUUGGUCUAAUAGAAGGUCAAACACAGACGUAUGAGAAAAUCUGGCGAGCGUGGGUCGCUGAGAUACUGAGGCUCAACAUUAGCCAGAGAGUACGGAAUGCCGCCCUUACAGGCCUGAUCUCUCAAGAACAGGCCUCUUCCUUGGCCGCAGAAGACAUGGCUCUGCAGGAUAUGUUCUACAAUCAGGCUCUGGAAGCCUUGAAUGGGGAAUCUGAUGCGUUGGAUUUGCUUGAUGCGGCUUGUGUACAUCAAGCGCUUAGUGACCAUACGGGUCGAAAGCUGGUAUCGGAACUGGUGAACCGGUUGUCAAAGCAGACAUCCCAGCUGGAACUGAUCCUUCGGAUGCUUGAAACAAUUGCCAAAUCCAAGGCACAACUGUUUUCCGAAGAGCCGAUUCACACUGAACUCGUUGCUCAGCUCCUUUCAUUAUCAGAGAUCAACGACUUGAAUGUAUCUCCAAAAGUCGCCGCAAUUCGUUCUAUUUUGGACGGCCAAGCCCAAGGCAAAUUGCGCGUCGUGGAUAUCAUCCAGUCCAGCCUCGAAAAAGCCGGACCUCAAUCUCUCGGUAUCCGCACCCUAGUGUCACAGGCAAAGACCGCAGUGGAAAGUAAUGCGACUUCCUGGGAAAGUAUAUUACCCAGCACCAAUACUUGGAUGGGUCACUUCGCAUCAUUACUAGAUGCGCCCAUUAACCCGUCCUUGUCAAUAACAAGCAGUAUUGGCGGAAUGGUUUGUUUGCCCCAGUCAGGGAGUACUAAAAACGCGGCUCUGCGUUUGCCUCGCGACCGCGAUGGCCGAUCUAUUCCCGCAAGAAUGGCCCUGUACACUUGUGAACUGCUCAAGAACGACUUGGAGAAUCUUCAACUUCCACGAGAGUUCCAAGUUGAGCUUCUGUAUCUCCUAGGUCUUUCAACCCAGAUAGCUUCCGACCAAAUCACGACAAUGAGCCGCAAUGGCUUGUGGCUGUCACUUGAUUCGACAGACACGCUUUCUGAAGCUGAGGGGAUGAUCUCAUCGUCACGGCAUUUAAUCCACGGCAUUAUCUCCAAGGCAAAUGAUUGGCAAUUAGCUGCUGGCCUCGACAGCAGUCCGUCCUCCAUCGUCCGAGGGCUCAUGGACCUCGCAAUGAAAGAAUCCAGAGAGUUUUCCUCUCGGGGUGUCUACAGCGCGAGGCUGUUGAGCGAGCUCGUCCAAGCACUCACUGAAAUUCAUGGGAUGCCGAGCUCAGUGGAGGAGCAAUUCUUGAAAUUGGACAAACUGAAAGCAAAGCCUGACAGUGCUCUGCUUGCCGCAGGUCUAAUCAGUGGUCUUGGAGAAGCGGCACAGUCCUCCAAGGCAGUAAGCAACUUUUGUAACAGGCUAGUGAGCGACGUCGCAGGAAAUACGCCGGGCCACGAAAAGACGGAGCUGACCUUGGCGCUUUUGGCAAUUACCGCUCAAAUUUACGAAAAUGGGGAGCUUCCCGUGGCUAAUAACCGAAUCGUGUUUGCGGUCAGACAGGUGGCUUCGUGGUUAGACGAUCCCACUGAACUUGGCGCGGGUCUAAGUGCUUCCAUCUGCCGUGCUCUCAACGCACUUUUGCCAUGCAUGAAGGACGUUUACGGAUCUUAUUGGGAGACAACAUUGCAAUUCUGUACAAGCCUUUGGGGUCGAGCCACAGAUGCUAAUCUUGACGAUGUUCUCCCGGCCAUUCACGCCUCCCUCAAGUUGAUCAAGACUCUAGAAAGCAUAGCGGAGCCAAAUGACGACCUUGAAGACGCGCUGCGAGAGUUCGCCCCUGCAAAGUCCACGGGAUUGGUUGGGCUGCUCAGGAUAGGCCCGGGGGCUAAGUCGCAGCCACUCGAGAUUGUCAAUGGAAUCAUUUGCCGUGAAACGGAAAAGAUUCCCGUCAGCAGAAUACCUGAACCCGAAGCGCUUUUCAGUUUGGUUGCCUCCGAAUCGAGAGAUAUCCAAACAGCCUCGUUUAACCUCCUUCAUCGAAAGAUUCCCGCUGAUCAAGAGCAAAAGUCUAUUGAAGUGCUCCUGGACAAGACUGACGCCCGGUUACCCGAUGAACUUCUCUCCCUUUUCCUCGAUCCACCAACCUUGGAGAAGUUUUCAGACGAGGAGCUCUCACUGUUCCCGUCUUCAAUACGUGGCUACUUGCUAUCGUGGAAACUAGUGUUUGACGCGUACUCAUCGUCGUCAUUCAAGAUUCGAAAUGACUUUACUGAACAUUUGAAGGCAGAGGACUUGAUUGGCCCCCUGCUGGACUUUAUGUUUGAUGUUUUGGGCCACUCAGCUGCUCAUCCACUUAACCUCGACAAAGAAAAUAUUGGUCCUGCGCAGAUUUGUGACUAUGACAUUAAAUUAGCAGAGGCGGAGAGCGGGGAGCAGAGCUUACACUGGCUACUCAUCCAUCUGUACUACCUCACUCUCAAGUUCAUCCCUGGUCUGUUCAGAAUGUGGUACAUCAGCUGUCGCUCGAAACAAACCCGAAUCGCCGUAGAGUCGUGGACCACGAAGUACUUGUCCCCGAUUAUCAUCGGCGAGACCCUGGACGGGGUGCAGCUUUGGGCGGACCAACAAGAACCACCGGGGAUUGACGAGCAGGAACUCCUAGUCAAGGUGUCAAAGCCGGCCAAGGAGGUCACGGCGGGAUACGAAGUGGACGAGUCGCAGGCAGCCAUUGUCAUCAAGAUCCCAGCCAGUUACCCCAUCGAGAGCGUGACUGUCUCGAGCCUUACCCGCGUGGCAGUCAACGAGCGCAAGUGGCAAAGCUGGAUCAUGACCACCCAGGGCGUCAUUACAUUCUCCAACGGCAGCAUCAUAGAUGGCCUCCAGGUGUUCAAGCGCAACAUUGUCGGCGCGCUCAAGGGCCAGAGCGAAUGCGCAAUCUGCUACAGCAUCAUCUCCACGGAUAAGCGUAUGCCCGAUAAGAAGUGCAACGAGUAG